UGCCGCCCCCCCCGGAAAUAUCGGCCACAUAGUGUUAGUAGUAUACGCAAUGCGAACUGCCCAAAACACUCACAAACUAAAAAAAAAAAAAAAAAAAAACCCUCACCACUACUCCAAUGAAGUCAACGCUCUCCACCACCCUCCUUUUCCUCUUUCUCACCGCCAUCACAGCGUCCUCCUCCUCCUCCCUCGUCCCAUCCUCAGCCGUCCCCACCAAAUCGGGCUAUCUCCCAGUCACCCCUUCCCUAAACUCCUCCUCCAUCUUCUACACCUUCUACGAGGCCCAAUCCCCCACCCACCCCCUCCCCCAAUCCCCCCUCCUCAUCUGGCUCCAGGGCGGCCCCGGCUGCUCCUCCAUGAUCGCCAACUUCUUGGAGCUCGGCCCCUGGCGCGUCAAUUUCAACAGACUCCCCCACGAACCCCUCGCUCUCCAGCCCAACCCCGGCUCCUGGAACCGCCUGUUCGGCCUCCUCUUCCUCGACAACCCCGUCGGCACCGGCUUCAGCGUCGCCGUCACCCCAGACGAUAUUCCCAAAGACCAGACCAAAGUUGCCCAACACCUUUUCACCGCGAUCACGAGGUUUCUCGCUGAAAACCCGGGGUUCAAAACCCGCCCCGUUUACAUUACCGGAGAAAGCUACGCCGGGAAGUACGUCCCGUCGAUUGGAUACUACAUUUUGGAGAAUCCGGGACGGGCGAGCAGGGUGAAUUUGGCCGGCGUGGCGAUCGGGAACGGGUUGACUGAUCCGGUAACCCAAGUGGCUACCCAUGCUUUGAAUGCUUAUUUCUCUGGUUUGAUAAACGACAAGCAGAGGAGUGAAUUGGAGAAGCUUCAAUCUGAGGCGGUGAAAUUGGUAAACUACGAGAAAUGGGGCGAGGCGACGGAGGCGAGAUCGGGGGUUUUGAGGCUGUUGAGUAACAUGACGGGUUUGGCGACGUUGUACGACUACACGAAGCAGAAGCCGUACAAGGACGAGAUGGUGGAGGAGUUAUUGAGAAACGACGAGGCUAGGAGGGCGUUAGGGGUGAAGGGAGAUGUCGUUUUUGAAGUUUGUAGUGACUUGGUUGGGGAAAAGCUGAACGACGACGUGAUGAAGAGUGUGAAGUAUAAAGUGGAGUUUUUGGUGAGGAAGCUGAGCAAGGUUUUGCUUUACCAAGGGUUUUACGACCUGCGGGAUGGUGUCGUUUCGACGGAGGCCUGGGUGAACACGAUGGAGUGGGAGGGGUUAAAGAGGUUUUUGGGGGCGGAGAGGAAAGUUUGGAGGGUGAAUGGAGAGCUUGCGGGGUAUGUGCAAAGAUGGGGAAGUUUGAGUAAUGUUGUCGUUUUGGGGGCUGGGCAUUUGGUGCCUACAGAUAAGCCUUUGAGUGCUCAAGCCAUGAUUGAGGAUUGGGUUUUGGGUAAAGGGUUGUUUGGGGGUGAACAAAAGGAGAAUUAUCAUUGUGUGUCAAGGAAUUUCUAGGGGCCAAAUGCAAUUUAGAAGUGAGUUUUGUUGGUGGAUUGGUUUGUAAUUGUAUGAGUUAGUGAAUCAAAUAAUGGACAUGCACGAUUUAACAUUUAGUUCAUAGAUUCAGAACUAU